CUGCACCUCUCCGGACAAAACCUGGAGACACUUCCCCUCCUUGUCUCCAACACACUGAACUGUAACCGGCGUAUUUCUUUUCGUCUCUGUGUGUGUGUGUGUGUGUGUGUUUGUGCACCGCCUCUUAGUUUAUUUCUACGUGGGUGAGCAAGUGUGUGUGUGUGUGUGUGUUUGUGGCACCUCCCCGCUCCUCCAUAGAUCUGGUUGCCCCCCUUGUACUAACCUAACACCAUGCACUUCUUCUGCACCUCCUGGCUGCUGUAGUUCCUGAGAUUUUGUCCCCCCUCUCCUUUUUCCCAACGAUUUUGGACUCCAGACCCCUCCUCGCGUCAUGUCCCGACGUCUGAAGCCGGUUCCGCUGCAGGACCGUGUGCUUCUUUUUUAACUGGAUCUACUUUUCUUUUUUCUUUUUUCUUUUUUUUGUUGGAGGGUCAUGCUCUGCCCGUCUCUUGAGAACACUUGCCAAGAGAAGAAAGUAAGAAGAAGAAGAGGAGGGUAGAAGAAGAAGCAGCAGAAACAGCGACACACGACGAAGAAGAAGAAGAAGAAGAAGAAGAGAUAAUCUUCAGAGAGAGUAAAACUUCCUUGUAGAUGUUCGAUCAAACCACGACUAUGGGCGAUGGGAGCCACCGCUGUGGACCCAACCCGCUGUGUCCGGACCGGAUGGAGACAAAGUGCCGCGCCGAGAUAGGGAGCAGGUCCCCGGUUCAGAGCUCCACCGACACCCCGGGGACGUCAGCGUCCACGCCGACGUCCUCCAGCGAGGACGGACACGACAAACUGUUGGGAGUGGACCCUGACUACUGCCGGAGGAUACUAGUGAGAGACGCCAAAGGCACCAUCCGGGAGAUCGUCCUGCCAAAGGGCCUCGACUUGGACCGGCCAAAGCGCACGCGGACCUCCUUCACUGCCGAACAGCUGUACCGGCUCGAGCUCGAGUUCCAGCGGUGCCAGUAUGUGGUGGGCCGCGAGCGUACAGAGCUCGCGAGACAGCUGAACCUCUCCGAGACACAGGUUAAAGUUUGGUUCCAAAACCGGCGGACCAAGCAGAAAAAAGACACCACCAAGGACUCCGACAAACGCUCCUCCACCUCCAACGAGUCCUUGGCCACCUGCAACAUCCUGCGCCUCCUGGAGCAGGGCCGCCUCCUGUCGGGCCCCAUCCCUCCCAACUCUCUCCUCGGGCCUCCUCCGCAUCCGGCCAACGGCUCCCUGCUGAGCAGCCCUGGCGGAGGCUCCUCCACCUCUCCUGGGAUCAGCAGCAGCACUCCUCCAAACUCCCUAUCCGGAGGCUUCGGGCUGUCCCUGUCCUCGCUGGGCGGCGCGCCACCCUCUCCGCGGCUCGGCGUCCCACCGCCGCACUCCCUUUGCUUCUCCAUGCCACUGCUGGGGGGCGCUCAUCACGAACUCACCUCCGCCUACGGGUGCGGAUCUUCAGCUUUUGAGCCGUACAUGCGGCUGGACAGGAAGGAGACGGAUCUGGGAGGGAAGAAGACGGUUUCUUAAGUUAUCGUCCCUCCUUUAGGACACGGCGGAGCUGGGACUUAAAAGACCACUCCUUAGCUGCCUUUUUGACACCUGACAGGCGACACUCAGGGGGAAGAAACCCCCCUGGAUCAGAAGAAAUCCUAAAAAAGGAAGGUUGCUUUCCUUGCGGCACCAUGGUGUGCCACAGCACUGACACAAAAUAAAUGAAAAAGACUCGAUGUGACGGACUUUGCCACAUGAAAAAGAAACAAUACUUGUGAAUUUUUUUGCAGAAAUGCAGUGAGUGUACGUGUGUGACCCCUGACAGACAGAUGUUUUGAUCUCCACUCUCUUCGCAGUGGUUUUAAGUGACUCUUCAAUUUGUGUCCAGUGAGUUUGUGUGUGUGUGGUGUUUGUCUCUAUACAGGCCUUCAUUUACUGUUCAGGAAAAAAAAAUAAUACUUGACAUAAGAAGUUCGGACUGAAUCAGCGUCUGAAUGAGGAGUGGGAGGGGGGAGGGUGGGGGGAUGGGGGGUUUCAAAGCGAGCAGUUUGUACACACUCCGGUACAUUUCCUUCCAAGUGGCCAUGUUUGAUUUUAGUUGAUGUGCUUUCACGAUAUGGAAGAAACACUGAAGAAGAAAAAAAAAAAAAAGAAUCGUAGCAUUUAAAUAUCAGCGUGUUUGGUGUCCAGCCGUAGUUUCUUUUAGUAAACUCUUCAUUUGGUUGUGUUUGUGUAUGAAAUAUGAUGUGGUAGGAUCUGGACUAAAUGGUGCAAAAAAAAAAAUCACAUAUCUAGAUCGGAUUAGUUGAACAUAAAAGAAGAAGAAGCUGGUUAGAUUCUGCCAAAGCAUUUAUGGAUGAAGCUAACACGUUCCCUCCAACUUACUGAAGCAAGUCUCAGAGAGGUGACUUUAUAACCCCGGUAACUUUUUCAAUCUUUAACUCACACACCUCACAGUUUUAAACACAGUGUUGAACAUCUGUCCGGUGUAAUAACAGAAAAUAUGAAUUUGCAGACGUGUGUUCUGCUUCUUUGCUCCUCAGUAUAUUUCAGAUUACAGCUGCAGCGAUUCUUGACGGAAAAUCUUUGAAAAUUUGCGCAGAAAUACCAAACAUGGUCUGGCUACUGUUCAUGUUUGUCUUUUUCAUACAAGACAUUAAAUUAAGUAGACAUCUUUCACCCUCCCUACAUAAUCAUUCUUUGCAUCCAUAUGUGCAAAAAAGAUAUUUUACAUCUUCAUAGAGAUGAAUGUAAAGUCACAAUAAGCUCAAACCCGACGCAUUCUCACACAGGAGACGUUUACCGUGUGCGCAUUCUUAGACUGCAUUAACUUGAAAA